AUGUAUCCUUCCGAGUUUUACACUGAUAUGGAUAAAAUGCCUCCACCAAGAAUACCUAACAAUUCAGCGUCAGGUGGUAACGAAUUUGGAGACUUUAAACGUCAGGAUUCGUUGACAUUAGCGGCGACGCUACAAGAAAGAGAUCGAAAUCAAAACUGUAGUAUGGUUGACUUUAUGGAAACUUCAUUGGACUUGGAAAACUAUCUCGAAUGCUUUUCAGAAAUCGACGUUCACCCGGACUCUGUAGACUUUGAUGACAACGAACUGCAAAAAGUCAAUAUUCUAUACGACGAUCCAAUUUACUGCCCUGACAAUAAUUUAUUCGGAGAGAAACCGCGCUACGAUAAUCAUACCGAAAUUGAUCGAUACGAAAGUUCUGCCCCAUCACAUUCGUUUGAUACGGAAAUCUUCAACCACUCGCAAACGAACCAAAUGCCCAUUAUUAAUAAAAACGAAGAUCGAUACAAAAUGCAAUGCGAAGUGGAAAACACUAACAACGAUAUGCAAAAAUCUACUCCACAAAAGCGUUCGACGCGAACCAUCAAACCGCCUGUCCAUUUUGACGAAUCAAUCUACUCUCCAAAAGAUAUUCACGGUGAAGAAAUUGAAAGCGAUGAUUGCACUGACGAGGAGGAAUAUACAAGACCGCCCCCGACAAAGCGUAGCCGAAAAGGCGCAACUUCCCUUGAAAAUUUCAAACCGCAAACUACAGCCCGUAAAUACACAUUGAAGCCGGAGAGCGAAAAGAAUCAGCCAUCAUACAAGCUCAAAAGAGCUAGAAAUAAUGAUGCUGUUCGAAAAAGUCGAAACAAGGCCAAGGAGCUUCAAAGAAAGCGCGAGGAAGAAGUUGAGCAAAUGAAAAAACGAAUUGCUGAAUUAGAAGGACUUUUGGAAGCGGAAAAAAAGGCGCGCAAACACGAUCGUGAAACAAUUGAAGCUCUUUUGAAAGGAUCGAUCGAAAAACGUCGCCAACAAUAA